AUGAGCGGUGCCUACUCCUACCCUUCUCUAUCUGCCGCCUCCAGAUCAGGCCUCCAUCUGCAAACAGGCGACCUUGACCCCCCGCCCGUCUCCCAACCAGCCUCGACCUCGACCUCCUCCCCCUCCACCUCCCGAUCCAAAUCCUACGGCCUGCUCCACCCCUUUGCCUCCGACAGACGCGUGCUCUCCGACUCCGCCGCCGCCGACUGCUCCAUCUCCAUCGCCGACAACAACAGCUCCUGCAGCAGCACCAGCACCACCGCAAACUCCCUCGACAACUCCCUCAAGAAGCCCUCCCGCCAGUUCUCAUGGCGCAACCCAAAGCCCCGCACAAACAGCCUCCGACGCUCGCUCUCCAUCCGCGACUCCAGCGACCCGACCUCCCCCGCCUCGCGCUUCCUCUCCAUGUUCAACUCCGCCGCAAACUCCGCGCCCGAACCCGAUGACGAAGGCCAAGAGGUCUCAGAAUAUGUCAUCGGCAAGACCAUAGGCUACGGCGGCUUCUCCACCGUCAAAGAAGCGCACACCCUCGAGCACGGCCGCGACGUAACCCGCGCCGUCAAAAUCGUCCGCAAGUCCUCGGGCGAGCAGGCCCUCGCCGAUCUCGACCACGAGCUCACCGUCUGGAAAUGCAUCCCUGCGCACCCGCACAUCCUCCGUCUGAUCUCGGUUCACGAAUCCUCGUUCGCGACCUUCUGUUUCAUGGAGUACGCAAAUCUUGGCUCCGUCUUUGAUGCCGCCAUCAAAAGACGCCGUCAUAGAACCUCGUCAUCCCUCGCAGGCUCGAUCGAGUCAAUCUCUGACUCUACCGCUUCUUUGCUGUCUGAAUCGCCUGUCGCAGUCUCUGUCAAAAAGAGAUGGGUCUAUGAGCUCUGCUGUGCUCUCAGACUUCUCCACCAGGACCUGCGUAUCGUUCACCGCGAUGUCAAGCCUGAAAACUGCGUCUUGCACGUCGACUCCCCCUCCUCCUCUCCGCCCUCCGAUAUCUCCCGUGCUUCCUUGCGACUCUGCGAUUUUGGUAUGGCGCAGUUUUACAAAGAAGACAGAAGCGCUCAGCAACAACAACCACAGCCACAGCCUGAGAUCUCGGUUGAUCCACAGUCCUCAGACUCGCUUCUCUCCUCCCCCGUAAUCGUCCCCGAAGACGGCCUCUCCGACGCCGACGACACGAGCAACAACCUCUCCUCAUCCGUCCUCUCCCUCUCACAAUCCACCGCCAGUCUCUCGCAAUCAAUGACCGAACUCGACAUCACCGGCUCGGUUCCCUACCUCCCGCCCGAACUCCUCGUCCCGCGCGGCCUCUCCGCGCUCGACGCAGACUUUUCUUCUUCUCCCGACCCCGCUUCCUCCUCCACCGACGACGUCUCGCCCGCGCAGGAUAUCUGGGCAUUAGGAGUCUUCACCUACGCGCUCUUCACGCGGCAUCUUCCGUUUUCGCACUCGUUCCUGCCAAAACUGCAGUCGCUCAUCAUCGCCGGCGAAUGGGACCGCGACCUACUCUCGAGAUCCGUCGAUUCUUCCUCUUCUCACGACGACAGCAGCAGUGCUCCAGAAAUCGACGCGGAGGCAUUGGUGGACUUUGUAGCCCGCUGCUUUGAGAUGAAUCCGUAUGAGAGGUGGGAUAUCGGACAAGUCAUGCAGCAUAGAUUGUUUGAGGGUCUCAACCGCGAGUAG